AUGGGCAGCGCACACUGCAGACGGCCCACUGACGAGGAACUUCGAACCGAAAUCGAGGAAAGCGAGGGAAGCGAGGGAAGCGAGGCCUGUCAUGUUCGAGGAUAUGCCGGGUUUUGGACUUCGGGAACACCCUCACCGAGCUGUUCAACACUGCCCCCAAGCAGGCCGCCAGGACGGCAGAAAAGACAAAGCCGAAGCCAACAAAGAGGCCGUCAGAUGCGGCUGGCGUUGCUGUUGGGCUUGUUCUUGGCCUGUCAGGAAAACUUGGCUGCCCAACGAGGUGCUCGCACCUUUGGAGCUCUCGUUGACGGACUUGGCAGAGGCCCAAAACCGAUCAAAGGCUUCCAAAGUUACCGAAGUCUGCGAAGUUCCCGGGCACGCCACGUGGUGGCUCGGCGGUUGGCGCCUGCCAGUCAGGAGUGGGGUACUCCUGCACUGCCUGCGCCGACGCUGGAAGGUCGUCUGCAGCUGUUGAAGCUGCCAACGCGCUUCAUUGGUGGCGCCUACUUUUUGCUAAUGCUUUCUGUUCCUCCGGCCGACGCCUUCAGGGCCGUCGAGCCGGACACGUUUCCGAGGACCAACCUGACUCUUCUGCUGGACUCCGGCCUCACCGCGGCAGUGAUGCUGACCACUGACGUUUGCAAAAACUUGAAGCUGGCAAUGGGAGGCGAGGGGUCCUUUUCCACGGGCGUUGGCGCCACCGGGUCCAGCCUCGACAUGCAGCAGGUGCGCAUCGAGGGCGCUGCUUUGGUAAACGAGAUGCAGGAAACCACAACGAGCUGUCCGCUCGACCCGAUGGCAGGAGUUGUUGUCGACAACUUCCCCCAGCUGAGCAUCGCUGGCGAAGUGGGAAUCGCGCUUCAGGGAAUGCUCGGACAAGGCUUCAUGGACCAGUACGACUUGGAGCUGGACGCCCGGACGGAGCGUGUGCGCGCCUGGCCGAGGGCCUCGCUGCCCGUUCGUCCCGAGGACGGCGACUGGCGGCAGCUUGAGGCACUGGGCAUGCCUGGGCGGCUGCAGGGCUUGCUGCUGACGGUGCCCGGCUGCUUGGAGCCGGUGGUGGGCCUCGUGGACACCGGCGCCUCGCACACGGUAAGCACCCCACGGCAGCAUAUGUCCUGGGGCUUCGUGUUUGCAGCUCAGAAGCUUCUGCAGCUUUGCUCUGGCUUUGCUUUGGCUUCGCUCUGGCUUUGCGCCGGCUUUGCUUUCCUUUCUUCCACAAUUUGCUUGUUUCCCAACCGCCGAGCUCUUGAGGAGCUGAGGGCCUGGCAGCGUGCCCUGGGAGCCAAGGGAGCCAAGGGAGGAGAGGGAGGAGAGGGAGGAGAGGGAGAGCCGGCAAAGUUCCUGCUUGAGCUCAUGGAGCGCGGCGCCGCCUUGAGACUCCUGCACUUGAGGCGACUGCUUCAAGAAAAGCCGAACAGAGGCUUCGAAAACCAGGUGUCAGGAGUCUCAGGCACCAACCCUCAUGAGUCGCAAGAAUCGCAAGAGUCGCAAGAGUCGCAAGAGUCGCGGGAGCUGAUGGCCAGCAUGCGGCUCUUAGCCCUGCAGCUGCAGAACCAGGCGCGGGUCGCCUUGGAAAGCACGCAGAUCGACCGAGCGGACGAGGACGCGGAGAGCGAGGACUGGCGACUGGUCUUGGCGGCGACGCUGCGUCCGUGGCUGUCACACGAGUGGACCUCUGUGCGCGUGGAGGUGGUGGACUACCGACCUUGCUGUGGCAAGGGUCUGCUGCUGUCACCUGAUUGCGAUCACUCCAACCUGCGGGCAGUUCUGGACAUUGUUGUGCGGGUGCCUCAAGAGCGCUUUGAGCACUACUCACUGGCUCACAACUCCCCACACAUGCUUCCGUCUGCGUCCGGAACUGAAGGAGCCGAAGGCGGCGCUCUGGGCGUGCAGCGCAUUCUGCACGUUGGGCCCUGGUACGGUUUCCGGCCUACAGCAGGUGGUUGGCACACGGCCUUUGGCCCAGCCGGUCGGGCGCUGCACCGCUGGGAGGAGGUCACCGCCGCGGGCCUGGCGCUGCUGGCCGUGGCCCGGGCCGCGGAGCAAAAGGGGGGAAGUGGUGAAGGAGAUGGUGAAGGAGAUGGUGAAGGAGGGCAGAGAGGGGAGGGAGAUAGUGAAGAUAGUGAAGGAGGGGAGGGGAAGAACGACAAAGCGGAAGGGCAUGAAGACAAAACAGUUGUUGGAAGCGUCCUCGUCUACGGCGUCGGCGACGGGGUUCUGGCCACCUUCCUCGCCCUAAACGCCCCGGAGGUGUGGGUGGAUGUGCUGGAACCGGAGGCCACGGCCCUGGAGCUCGUGCAGCGCCACUUUGGCUUGCGCCUCGCUGGGCCUCGCGCCGGGGCGCGCGCUCGCGUGCUUGCGCAGCGAGAUGCCUCCGAUGUCGAUGCGGACGACGCGGAUGGCCUGGAGUUGGGGCAGCCGCCCAACUACGCCGCGGUGGUGGCACUGCGAGCAACAUGCGCGGCUUGGGAGCCCUUGAGACAGCUGUGCAGCGGUCGACAAGGUCCGGUGCUUCUCAUCGAGGCGUCGCGGGACGACAAACGCGCCUUGUGUGAGACCUUUGCCGGCUUCACGGUUGUGGAGCUGCAGGAUCUCCAAAGCGAAGGCGAGGCCUGUGAGGCCGAAGGGGCCGAAGAGGCCUCCGAGAGCUCCAUCUUCCUCGUCACAAGGAGCGAGGUCAGCAAGGUCAGCGAGGUCAGCGAGGUCAGCGAGAAAGGAGCACAGCUCCGGAAGCGACCGCGCCUCGCAGCCAGAACCCUGGACUUCAUCUCACCACAGCGCUGGUUCAACCUGCUGCUAGACCGAGGAGGGGUCCGCGGCGGUGCUCCGGACGUCUCGGCCGCGCAGCUCAGCAAGGUCGAGAGGGCCGGCUUCUUGUGUUCGGAGGAGCUGCGAAAGUUGGAAGAAUUAGCCUCGCUGGCACUCUCGGCGGAUGGCCCGGAUCACUCGGAUGGUCGCGCGGAUGGCCGCACGGAUGGCUGCGGCCACGGCCGCUGCGGCCGCGUGGUGCGGUCACCGCCGCCCUCCACGGCCUGGCAGGUGACAUUCCUCCAGACGGGCGGGUUCUUUGCGCAGCAUGCGCCAGAGCUGUUGGAGAAGCUGACCCAGAUCGCCAGGCGCGUGGGCUUGCGGGAGCGCUGGCUGUCGCGGAAGCAGGCGGAGCGGCUCCAGGCACGCGUGGUGGAGUGGCACGUGCAGGCGGCGCCCGGACCUGGGAUCCCGGAUCCCCGGCACUACGACAUGGACAGCCUCGUGACCGUGGACGUCCUCUGCACCGAGCCCGAGCGGGACUUCGAGGGGGGCGAGCUGCGCACCUUGCAGGCGGACGGACGGCUGCAGGAGCACCCUUUCGGGCUUCUCGAGGUCCUGGUCUUUCAGGCCCACAAGUACCACAUGGUCUCUCCCGUCACCCGCGGCUGUCGCCGGGCGCUGGUGCUGGUGCACGAGCUUCGAGCACCGCUGCCCCCUGGAGCCGUUGCUGUCUUCGCCUUCGCCCAGGUGGAUUUGGAUGCAGAGAGGAAAGUACGAGGGAUCGGGUUGGAUAAUUCAGUGCUUGAGAUGCCCUUGCUCAGCUUGGCCAACAUCACUUUGUCCAGCGCACGGCACGUGACCAUCACGCCUCAUCAACCAGGCGGCGGCGCCAAUCCAGUGGACGGGCAGCGCUCCUGGCGUUUUCGCAACACAGGCGCACGGAUCAAGGGACCCAUUGCCACGUUCCCAACGGCAGUGGAUGUUGGCAUUGGCGACAUCGGCCUGUUCCAGGAGCUGCUCUCGCAGCCACAAGACACCAUCGGGGACUUCGAUGGGCCCGUUGCCCUGCUGGGCCAGGACCUGAUGACCCAGAUGCCCCUACGCUACAGUGCAGCGCGGGGAACACUUUGGUUCCGCCAUGACUGA